AUGGCUGCCAAACUCACUCUUUCUUCUCCCUUUUGCUUCAAAUCUUCUUUUCUGCCAAAAUCACUCCCAUCUUCUCUUGUUUUAUGCUCUCCAAGAACCAAUGUUACUGGUGUUAAAGUUCAUGCUAAAUUAGGUGGUGAAGAUGAGCAAGUCAAGAAAGGAGGCAAGAAAAAAUUCAUCACCAGAGAGGAAGAACCACAACAGUAUUGGCAGUCAGCAGGAGAAAGGGAGGGAGAGAAUCCCAUGAAGACCCCUCUUCCUUACAUUAUCAUAUUUGAUGAUUCAGUUCCAGAUGUGUGGGCCUAUGGACAAGAUGAUUACCCCUUGUAG